CAAGAGAAAAUUCUCUCAGCCCCAGUUCAGGGCUGCACACGGAUUAAGCUUUGCAGUAAUCUUGUGACUGCAAUAUUCAGUCUGCACACAGUUUAAGGACAACAUUUCAGUUAUACGGGUGUCGACGGUUGACGGACGGUGUGUCUGAAGCUUGGUGCUGAUGCAACCAUCAUAGUGACAACAGCCAAUCACAUUACUUUCCAGUGUUGCAUGAAUGCCGUUGGCUAGCAUCUGCGUUAGGGCUUUAAAGAUCAACAUGGAGAAAAUCAUCCUACAAUUCCCUCUAAUAUUGCUGGUGCUGCAUAUACAAGGAGGACAGUUCUCUGACAAUCCAGUUCUUUUGAUUGCUCCACAGCCGGAAGUCGUGGACUUCAACAACACAAUCUAUGCCACUUGUGAAGUAACUCCCGUGCCCAAUUUGCCACCUAGCCAGCCAGAGAUCUUUGGGCAAGUCCUCUUCAAGCAGCUCUUCCCCAAUGGAACUUUAGAAGUGAAAAUCAACCUCCGUGGUUUGCCUGCCAUCGAUAAUCAAGUUCGUGCCAUCCACAUCCAUCAGUAUGGAGACCUCAGUCAAGGCUGCGUCACUGUUGGUCCUCAUUAUAACCCAAAGAGCGUUGACCACCCUGGUCAUCCUGGAGAUCUGGGCAACUUUGCUUCCAAACAAGGAGUUAUAAGGCAAUUCCUGAAGCUCCCAGGGGCCAAGCUCUUUGGAGCUCAAUCCAUUCUGGGACGUGCGGCGGUGGUUCAUGAGAAGGAGGAUGAUCUGGGAAUGGGGUCAGAUGAGGAGAGUAAACGCAGUGGGAAUGCUGGAAAGAGAAUUGCUGGCUGUGUGAUUGGCAUUACUACUCCAAGUCUGUGGCAGAAGACUGAACCCGGGGAAGAUGUGGAGGAGGGAACUGAAAGUCAAAGAUGAGAGAGUCGGAUGUGGUAGAAGGGCAGAUACACUAUGCUGCAGAAGAAAGGAUUUGUUGUGUCUUAGAAUGAUACUUGACACUUACAUUUAGGAACUAGAUGAUUUACCUUGUAUAUUCUUUUUCUGUGUCCUACAAUAUAAAGUAAUAUUUAAAAAUA